AUGGCACAGUCGGGCAAUACUGUUGUUGUCGUACAGAACAUUCAGAUGAGUCCGUACCCGAUGUAUAUGAAGUGCACUCGUUGUGGAGUAGAAGUGGUCACUCUGGCUGAGCCAACAGUGGGUCUGUUAACGUGGUGUGUGUCGGCUGGUCUUUGUGUGGUGGGGUGUAAUUUGGGCUGUUGUCUCUUCCCUUUCUUUAUCUACGAGUGUCAGGACAUUGAACACCGCUGUCCUCAAUGCCGCACACAUUUAGGCACUUAUCGCCGGUGCUGUCAGUAA